GGCUGCCGCUCCCGCCGCUGAUGGGAGGAGGUGGAAUGCGGGGCGAUAAUGCUGCAUAUCUGCUGUCAGGCAGCGGAGCGGGGUUUUGUCUUGUAAAGGCAAGGCUCCUCUGCAGUGCCGUCUCGGCAGCUCGCUAGCUGCUGCUCGGAGCGGGAGCCGGGGAUCCCGGAGAAGGGUGUCGCCCUUCCUCCCGCCGCUCUGGUGCGCGGCUGGCCGGGGCCGGGCGCUGCCGAGGAGCAGGUGUGCGAGGGCUCGGCCGGGCUGCCCUGCGGGCUCCGCGCUGCGCCUCGGCAGGUUGGCGUGGGAGCUGCUGCCGCUGGACUCCUGCACAACAGGGAGCCGCUGUGCGCCUCGGCUGCGGGGAGAGAGAGAGGCUUUUGCAUGUGAAUUAAAUUAAUUUCUCGAGAGAAACUUUCAUAAAGGGCUAAAUCAACAAGGUCUACAUGUACAGAAAUUUCUUACUUCUGCUGCAUUUGAGACACAGCUAAACUCGUCUGUCUGGAAAUCUGAAGAUUUUUAUAGCAAAUCCUCCAGUGUCAAAAUGAACACAGAUAGCGGUGGGUGUGCUCGCAAACGCGCUGCAAUGUCUGUCACAUUAACAGCUGUGAAGAGAGUUCAGAGUUCUCCAAACCUAUUGGCCUCAGGGUCUGAUUCUCAGUCUCCAGAUUCAGCUUGGAGAUCUUACAACAAUGGAAGUAGAGAGACACUGAAUGGAGACGCUAGCAGUUCAUCUCUUUCAGCAAAAGGUUUUAGGAGUGUGCGGCCAAAUCUACAGGAUAAAAAAUCACCAACUCAGGCACCUCUGCCACCCCCUAGAAAAGCAAGAGUAGCUAAUCACAAGAACGAAAUUAAUCUCCAGGCAGUAACAGCUGGUCCAGCUAAACACUAUCCCACAGAUACUGCCUAUUACGCUGAUGAGAAGUCUGUUCAGGAGACAAUGUCAUCUCAAAUAGCUAACACAAGUGUGUCCUAUGCACAAAAAAUCAUUAAACCACUGAUCUCAAACUCUGGUGCAGGCACAAACACAGUAGCUGGUAUAAAUACUACUCUCCAGCAAGGCCAGAGGCAACAGUCUCAGAAACGGAAGGUAUCUACCCUGAAAUUAACCCGGGCACGUGACCCAGCAAGUAGCACUCAUUGUAAUUCACAGCAACAGCUCAAGCCUGUUGAAGAGCCAGUAUUUCCACAAAGGCCUGUCUCACCUGCCUGUAACCCCCUGCCUGAGAUACACACAGCAUCUCUUUCCGUUCAGAUAGCUCCCUCCCCUGACAAUAAAGCAGAGCCUGAAAUCCAAGAACAUCCACCUAGUAUUUCUCCAGACACUUCAAAGAUGUCUUCAAAGGAUUUGGGACAAAACUCUGCAGUUCUUCCUUCUUCACAGGCUGCAGAAUGCCAUGUGCUUGGAAACCAGAAAGUAACUGCCCCUGUGAUGGAGGUAAAUGCUUCACAGACACACAGACAAACAGCAACAGAAGCUUCUCCACUGCCUCUUCCUUCUCCUGUGGUACCAGUUAACAGAGCCUCUUUCUCACCAGACAGUGGCACCCAUCUAGUACCAUAUUCCUUGCCAACGCUUGAUGAUUUUUUGCCUUCACAUUUUUAUAAAACCCCAGCCCUUUCACAAUUUUCAUAUAAAUGCCCAUACCUAGCUUCUGAAAGUAUUAUCCACAGGAACGAAACAGCCUCUGUAAGCACAGAUUCUGCCAUGAGUGAGUGCUCCUCCCGCACAGUGAGUGAGUCCUCCACAGCCAUUCUAGAUGAGCUGCAGACUUGUAGCUAUGAUACUACUGACCGCUCUGAAACACCUUCCCCAACCUUGAGCCAGAUGUCUGCUGUGUCAGAUGGCACCACCUUAACCAACACUGCUGCCACUUCUCAUGCUCAGAUCACAGUGAAUGGGAAUUCUGGCACUUCUGCCAGCCCAGUGAGUCACUUUCAAAGGCCUUUUUCCCCUUCUUCAGCUUACUCUCCACCAGCUUCGCUCAAUUCCAACAUUGUUAUCAUGCAGCAUGGCAGGAUGAUGGAGUCCACAGAGACGUACUCACAGCAUGUUCAGAAUGUUGGCAGCAGCACCACCACCAGUACAAUACCAAUCUGUAGAACCUCAGAAGAAGAAAAAAAAAUUACAGUAAUUAAAGCUCCACAUUAUGCAGGGAUUGGCCCGGUAGAUGAAUCUGGAAUCCCUACAGCAAUUAGAACGACCGUUGACAGGCCAAAGGAUUGGUACAAGACCAUGUUUAAGCAAAUCCAUAUGGUUCAUAAACCUGAUGACGACGCAGACUUUUAUAACACUGCAUAUGCAUACGGUACUGGUAGCUACAGUCCAUCCUUCUCUGCUCAGGCACACCCAGCUGCAAAGACACAGACGUACAGACCCUUGUCUAAAAGUGCUUCUGACAGUGGCUCCGAUGCCUUCAAGGUCUCGUCCCCUUUACCACCCCCACAUGUGCCACCUCCAGUACCACCGCAUCGUCUGAGGCAAAGGUCUACACCAGAAAAAAAUGACUGGGAUCCUCCCGACAGAAAGGUAGAUACUCGCAAGUUCCGGUCUGAACCAAGAAGUAUUUUUGAAUAUGAGCCAGGAAAGUCGUCAAUCCUUGAACAUGAAAGACCGACUUCCUUAUAUCAUCACUAUUCAACAGACAGAGGCCUGGACAGGCCCUGUAGUUCUGCAAGUACUGCGAGUGACUACAGAAAGCGAAGGAAGUCAGAACCUACUGUAAGUCAUCAGAGGGCACACAGUGAUCAGAACGCAAACAGACCUAACCUGGGCCGUACAGACACACAAGGCCCAUGUACCACCCUUAGAAAGCCUUUAACUAGCUCGUCUCCUUCUUCUCCAUCGAGAGCAAAAGGUGGGGAUAUUAGCAAAGUAUAUCCAUCCCUUUUAAGUUAUUCAGUACACAACCACAACACCUCAAAUGAAUUAGAUUACUGUAGCACUUACAGGCAACAUUUAGCUGUUCCAAAUGAUUCAAGAAGGGCAAUCAGCUACAAGAAUGGCUGGCAAAUGACUCGCCAAAAUGCAGAAGUCUGGAGCAGCACAGAAGAAAAUGCUUCUCCAAAGAGAAAAUCUCGUAGCUGUGAUGAUCUGUUAACAGAUGAUCGUGACAGCUUUCCUGAUGCACAGGCCAAGGCUGAAAGCAUGGGCUCUCUGUUAUGUGAGGAGGACUCCAAAGAAGUUUGCUCAAUGAACUGGAACUCCCCAUAUGUUGAGGGCCGUGGCAGUGGUAGGUCAAGAGUUCGUCACAGAUCUGCACACGAUGCUCCAGGUUUCCUGAAAAUGUACAAAAAGAUGCACCGCAUCAAUCGCAAGGACUUGAUGAAUUCUGAGGUGAUUUGUUCUGUGAAGUCCAGAAUACUGCAGUAUGAAAAAGAACAGCACAAAGGUAUUCUUCAAGGCUGGAGAGAGUCUUCUACUGAAGAGGUGCCCAGAGACAUGGUGCCAACCAGGAUAUCUGAAUUUGAAAAAUUAAUUCAGAAGUCAAAAUCAAUGCCUAACCUUGGUGAUGAAAUGUUGACAGCUGCUACAUUAGAGCCUCCUAAAAAUGGCUUGUGUCCAAAGAGGCGAUUUUCUAUCGAGUCCUUGCUGGAAGAAGAAACUCCAGUCAGACAUCCCUCUCAGGUACAACAGAGCUACAAGUCUAAAACCCUGGUGCCAAUUCAUAUUGAAGUGACCAGUGAUGAGCCACAACGAUCACAUAUAGAUUUUUCAGACAGUGAUCAAGAUGGAGUGGUUUCUGAUCUCAGUGACUUUAUCCAGAUAGAGGGUUCAUCCUUUUGUAGUGAAAGUGACUUUGAUCACUUUUCCUUCACAUCAUCUGAAAGCUUUUAUGGAUCAGGCCAUCACCACCACCACCAUCACCACCACCACAGGCAUCUCAUCAGCUCCUGCAAAGGGCGAUGCCCAGCAUCCUACACCCGCUUCACCACCAUGCUAAAACAUGAAAGGGCUAAGCAAGAAACCACUGAAGAUCCAAGGAGACAGGAAGCAGAAUCUGGCCUCUCUAAGAUAGCAUUCCUGGUCAGUCCAGUGCCUUUCCGGAGGAAAAAAAGUGCAGCUCCUAAAAAACAAGCUGAAAAGAAAAAAUGCAAGUCAUCUGUAUUUGAAGCACUAGAUUCUGCACUUAAAGACAUCUGUGACCAAAUUAAAGCUGAAAAAAGACGGGGAAGCUUGCCCGACAACAGUAUAUUACACAGACUUAUUACUGAGCUGCUUCCAGACAUUCCAGAAAGGAAUUCAUCUCUUAAAGCUCUGAAAAAGAGUCCCAUGCACCAGCCUUUUCAUCCACUGCCUCAAGAUGGUGCUAUCCAUUGUCCACUGUACCAGAAUGAUUGUGGAAGAUUACCUCUUAGUGCCUCUUUUCCAGACAUGGAUGCAACUAACAACAACGAUAGUGCACUGUGUUUCCAAGUAGACCAGGAGUCUCCUGGAAGCUAUUCUUCUGCUUUCACUGAUGUGGGACGAUGUACUCCAAGGGAGAGAAGAGGAACUACAGACAAAGAGAAACUGCCAGCUAGAGCUGUAUAUGACUUUAAAGCUCAGACUUCUAAAGAGCUGUCCUUUAAGAAAGGAGAUACUGUCUAUAUCCUCAGGAAAAUUGAUCAAAACUGGUAUGAGGGUGAGCACCAUGGAAGAGUUGGAAUAUUCCCAAUUUCUUAUGUUGAGAAACUUUCUCCUCCAGAAAAAGCACAGCCUGCCAGGCCACCUCCCCCUGCACAGAUUGGAGAGAUUGGAGAAGCUGUUGCCAAAUACAAUUUCAGUGCAGACACAAAUGUGGAGUUGUCACUUAGAAAGGGAGACAGAGUAAUUCUUCUCAAGCGAGUUGAUCAAAACUGGUAUGAAGGUAAAAUACCAGGAACCAACAGACAAGGCAUCUUCCCUGUUUCCUAUGUAGAAGUCAUCAAAAAGAAUGCAUCAAAAAGUGUUGAUGAUUAUCCUGACCCUCCAAUCCCCCAAAGCUAUUCUAGUGACAGAAUACACAACUUAAGUUCAACUAAGUUGCCUUCCCAAGCACUGUUCCCACUUUCCAGACAACUUUCCUCCUCUUGGUCACACAUUGAUCAAAAGAUUCUCCAGGCUGCCACUAGUGAUUUAUUUUCAAGGACUGUUGGUGUUUCGCCUUCAAGCACAUGCAACUUAACUUCUCCAUCAGUUCCAGACAGUUUUCUUUGUGACUUAGAAGAACUCAAUUCUUUGGCAUUAUCAACCUCUCAAACUGUAGCAAUAUCCCCAGGUAAUAGCAUUCACCAAGUUAAGGAUGAUCAUGUUAUUCCAAAUACAGAAGUGUCUCUCAGCUCUUCUACAGCUCUUCCUCUGUCCUUUCUUGUAUCUACCUCUGUAUCAUCUUCAGCCAGCUCAUCUCAUGACAUAGCAUAUAAACACGUCAGCAACAAUACCAAAUCAGGAAAAGAUAAAGGCUUGAGAGAUAUAAUUGACCCUUUAGUUACUGAAGUACCUAGAGACUUGUUAGAUACUACAAGAGAAGGUGAACAUGUUGGCGCUCUCCGUAACAUCCCUUCACCCUAUGAAGGUGGUUCCAAGUCCAGAGUGCUAGCUACAACUGCUGAAAACGAAGAGGAAAUCUUUACUGCAGAUCUGUCACUUAAUAUAGGGGAUCAGUCAAAGCCUCAAGAAUCAGAUUUCUACGAAGAACAAGACACAACCGAAGAACUGACAAGACUCUAUAUAGAGGAGGAUCUGGUACAUGACAGUUUAGAAUUCCCAGUAGCAAGUGGAGGAGGCUCUAUGGAUUGUUAUGAAGGAUACAAUUCACCAAAUAUUGAUAAGCCAGCUCUACUUUUUGUGGGAACAUCAGAAGACUCUGAUCCUCCUUUCCACCUUUCUUCCAAUCUUCCACUUCACUCUGCCAAGGCACCUACUUUCCACUCCGUUCCUACAACAUACCAGUCUAUUGCUUCCCUCCCACCUCCCCUCCUCUCUAAACCGUUACAUCAGCAGGAGAAAGACUCACCACAGUUAAAGGCUAAUUUAAAGAGAGAGAUAUUUGUUAUGGGUAAGCCUCCUCGUAGCCCAGUGAUGACUAAGAGAUCCUGCAGCUCACCUGUCAGAGGUCACAGCUAUUCACACAGGCCACAGCGCCCUGUGCUUUCUCAUGAAAACAUACACAGUGGGGGGGAACCGUUUCAGGCUCUAUAUAACUAUACUCCUAGGAACGAAGAUGAAUUGGAGCUCAGAGAGGGAGAUGUCAUUGAUGUGAUGGAAAAAUGUGAUGAUGGAUGGUUUGUGGGAACCUCGAGAAGAACCAAAUUGUUUGGUACUUUCCCUGGAAACUAUGUCAAGAGGCUGUGAAAAUUUUUUUUCUACUUAUUUAUGCUGCAUCUCUGCAACACAUCUGCAUAAAGCUGCUAGAAAACAUGCUACGCUGGCCUUCUGUUUUCUUGCUUGCAGUCUCAAAUAGAGGCCACCUAGUUCAUCCUCAUCCCAUCCCACCCACCAAACCGUUCCAGCAGUAUUACAGCAACGACCACAGUGAGAAUAACUAAGCUUUUCUGAGACAAGAGGAAUCAUUUCAGCAUUUAAACACUCCCUGCUUUAAAGUCUUUUCAUGUGAAACACAAUAGGAAAAGCCUGAGGACAGGUACACAGAGGAAUUGCCAUGGGGGGGGUGGGGGGAAGGGGGAGAAACUACGCUUGGUUUGAACAUUUGUGGUACUACCGUGAAGUCUGGUGGGAUUUUUUUCAGCAUGCAUGUAAUACAGGGGAAAGUUGCUGUUUACUAUUUUUAAAAAAAUUGUUUGAGUUUCCACAUUCUUACUAGCUUGGCAGCAUUUUUUGCUUCCACUUGCUGUAUCACGGGUUUGCCUAUUGUACUGGUUUACAAUGUAUGACAAACUAUAAUAUAGAUUUUUUUGCCUGCACUUGUAUGCUGUAACAUGUGCACAGUGAUUGUAAAAUCUCAAGCAAGCAUAGUGAAAAAUGGAAGAACUGCAAGUGUUCUGAACGGGUGCAAUGGUAUUGGCUAAAUCUUUUUUUCUUCUUUCCCCCUAACAAACCUGUAGUGUUUUCUGUUAAAAGGUGAGAAGUGAAAAAGGCAUAAAGGCUUGGGAAAGAGGAUUUAAGGAAGAGACAGACAAUGGUAUAAGCAUAGGCAAUAAUAACCUGCUACUGAUGUCUGAUACUAAAUGGUUGUAAUCAAAAUGUUGUGAUAGUAAGCAACAUGAAAUCUAAGAGGUUAGUGUUUUUACAUAUCAGGAAUUUUAAGAAGCAGGAAGUAAACAGUGUUAGUGCAAUGGGUUGUUGGGUUUUGGUUGGUUUUUUUUUUCCUAACAUAGCCACCUGAAAAAUAUUCACAAGUAUCAUGUACUGAUUUACUUCACUAUAUAUCUAUAUGUAUAGUAAUGAAACCCAAGUUACACACUCUUUUUAGGAAUUUAGACAGAAAAAAAAAGUCACAAGUAUUAAAACUGAUACAUUUUAGAAGUGUUUUUUUCUUUUUUUUUUUUCCUGAAUGAAACAAGUAUUUGAAAACAUACAUUUUCCAUAAGCAAAGGUAAGCAUAAAAUUAGCAAAUAAAAUUAAGGCACAGGAUGAUAAUGACUACGGCUUUAUAAAAAGAAAAACUCAGAUUUGGUUUCUUCAGCACCUUAUAGAUGGCAAAAGCUUCUGCUGCAUUUCUCAUGGGUAAAGGAUCCAAAUUAUCAAAAUGUAUGUAGUCUCUGUAGCAUUUUGUACAUAUGUUUGCUUUUUUGUACAGAGCCAUUUGGUUGUUGAUUUUUAAAAAAUUAAGUUCCUUAUUUGAUCUUUGCCCUCUUUCACAUACAGAACAUUUCAAUGCAUUUUUCUUUUCUUGCUCUGUUUACCAUAAGCACAUCUGGAUAGUGCAAUUCUGUAAGAUAGCAUUUUAUGCAAAAUUUUAUUAAUUAAAAUAUGGUUUACCAGCCAAAUCUAAAUGUACAUAUGUCUUUAUUACUGAGAAAUGUCAUUAAGACAAAGGUAAAGAAACAUCUUUGUGCAGCAUACCUUUAUUAUUGCAGAUUUCAUGGCAAAAGCUUUAUAUUCAAAGGCUUUCAAUUUUAAACUAGAUCUGCAUGCAGCUUUGCUGUGAGAUUAAUACCUAUCUUUGAUGCCAUUUAUGAUUGAAGACUUAAAUAUCUGUUGCCUGUGAUAUUUAAAAAGUACUGUUUCUACUCUGUAUCUGAUUUUAGAAAAAUGCAGGUUUUUCAUACCUGACUUUCAGGUAACCGACUUUGAAUUCCUACAAGCAAAAGGUCUCUGUGUUUUGGUUUUUUUUUCUUGAAUAGACUUCUAAUAAAUUUUGCUUGGAGUACACAA